GGCAGGGAACCGGUGCUGAGCUCUCUGCACACGGCUCCAGUCGGGGAGCUAGAAGCCGAAGACAUGAACAAGGUCUUCCCCAAGGGAGAGGAUGGCUGCAUUGCUGCUGGACCCAAGGCCCUCCCUGGAGGGGAAGGCUGCGGACCCCUCUGCUGCUCACGUCGUGGGGCCUGCCUCUCUGCCUUUCUGCUGCUCCUCCUGGCAACUCUGGCCGCCCUCAUCGCUGUGGUCACCACGCUUGGACUCCCAUCACGAACCCCAGGCCAGCUCCAGGUGCAGCUCAGGUGCGGAAGGUUUGUCCUUGUGAGCACCACCCUUGACCCUCCAGGGCCUUCCCCUGCCCAUUCAGGAGCUCAAGCUUGUACAACACUGACAAACAGGACGGGCUUCUUGUGCCGUGACCGGAGGAGCUGCAUUCCAGCCAGUGGGGUCUGUGACGGCGUUCGCACCUGUACCCACGGCGAGGAUGAGGACGAGAGCUUGUGCCGAGAUGUGCCCCACAGCCUCCCCCGCUUCCUCGUGGCCCGCUGUGGAGACCCAGCCUCCUGGAUCUACGCAGACCAAAAAUGUGAUGGGACCAACAACUGCGGGGACUGCUCGGAUGAACUGAGCCCAGUGACGGUGUGCCCAGCCUGCGGCCCUGGGUGGUGGCGCUGUCCUUCAACUGUCUUCAUUUACUGCGGCUGUAUCCCGAGGAGUCUCUGCCGUGACCACGUACAGCACUGCUCCGACUGGUCGGAUGAGUACGCCUGUCCAGGACCCUGAGUGGGCCGUUCAGGCCAGCAUGGAAGGCCGGCUGGAACGGCACUGAUAACCCUUCACACGAAAAUCGAAUCCUAGGCCAGGUGUGCUGGCUCACACUUGUAAUGCCUGCACUUUGGGAGGC